UAAAUCACACAUAUUCGUUCACACUCUGAAGUUUCGAGAAGGAAAAAAAAAUGACAUUUUUAUCUAAAAACUGCAGUGUGAUCUAGUUAAGAUGGACUUCAAACCCACAAAGUCAUGGUUCGGGGGAAAAUCCUUCACUAGCUUAUUUAGGUCACAAAAGGAGAAGAAGAAAGAGGAGAGACGACUCCACACAGCAGAAUUACACGCAGCCCUUUCGCUCACACAGCUUGCUGCAGCCAUCGCUGGAAUCAGCAGCAGCAGCAGCAGCAUGUGCAGAAGCGAGUGUUCAAGCGAGGAUAUGGGCAACGUGAUCUCUUCUGCUGCUGCACUAGUAACCAAUGUGUGCGCUGAAGUGGCGGAAUCUCUUGGGGCCCACAGGGCGAGGGUCAGAGCGGCUGUUGACUCCGGCAUGGCAAUUCAAACACCCAUGGACAUGAUAGCUAUCACAGCUACCGCAGCAACGUGUUUAAGAGGUGCUUCUCUUCUGAAAUCGAGAGCAACGGCAGUCCCCCUCUCUAGAGUUCAAGAGAUGCUUAAAAUAACAGCCGAGAUAUGCACAAUUAUGCCUUCAGGCACGACAGAAAAAAAAAAUGACCCCAUUUUUAUAUCGAUUCAACUCAUCUUUUUUUAACUGUAUUUUAACUCAUCUUUAACUUUCUGCAGGGCGAGAAGAAUGCACGAGGGUGAGCGUAUAUCUUAAACACGACCAUCUGAUGUUCCGUUUCCGAAAGAAGUACUUAGGAGGAGCCCUGACAUCUGCAAAAGAGUGUAUGAACUUGUUUGCUUUUGUCAUCAUUCACCAUAUUACAUGAAAAAGAAUUAAUGAAACACUGACGAUGAGAAAGUUGGCUUAUAAUCCACAGAUCAGGUGACCGACAUUACGGAGGAGAGAGUGGAACAUCAGGGGAGCUCUUUUCUUUGUUUGAAUACUAAGAAUGGAAUUAUAAAGCUGCUUUUCGAAGAUGCGAUCCAAUCCAAAAUAUUGAUAUCGACGAUUCUCAAUCUCUUGGAAAUGCGCAGCCCCUGUUGGGAAGGCAGUCACACCUAUUAACCCUUUUACGCAUCCAACAUCUAUUGUGUGUAAUUUCGAUACAACUUGUUUACGAGAAACACGAUAUAUUUUGUUUCUUGAAUAAUAGCUAAGGGUGGCAAUUAACUGCAAUAACUGAUCACAUGCUGUAAAUGUAAAAGUAGGCUCUUGUUUCGAACUAUAAACCAAUAACAAAAAUGAACAAUGAGUAUAGUUGUUCAAUGCACAUUUAAUCUUUCUCAGCUAUUUAGCUUUUUAUAUGUAUGAUUUUGUACAACAUUGCAUUAUAGUGCAGCUUCAAGUAAUCUAUUUGUCUUCAGACAUUUUUAUUGGAUGUUUAGUGUUAAUUCGUAUUUAGCCAAUUUCAAAUUUUUCUCUGUAUUUCU